AUGGAUUGCACUAUAUGUACACACAAGGUCUUUGUCACUGAGAGGAUCGAUGCUAAUGGUCGACCUUAUCACAAAACAUGCUUCAAGUGCUCAGAAAAGGGAUGUCGCUUGACACUUGUCAAUUUUCAUUCACAUGAAGGUCGCCUAUACUGCCAAAAGCAUGUCCCAAAGUUACAAGCCAUUAUCAGUCCAUUGAAUCGUCGUCGUCUCGUUCACAGCUCAUCCACCAGCUCAUCCAACUUGUCAAGUGAAGGAUCAACAUCAUCAUUUUAA